CGAAACAGUGGCCCGGCACGCAUUGUCAUAAACAACACGUACUGUCUCUAUCGCGCAUGCCUUAAUUUCAUGUCACAGCGACGUGACACUAGCUCGAUCGAAGAUUGCUAACAACUAGGCUUACUUCGCGCUUGGAAGAGUUAGCGGCGAGUCGCGCUUCCAUCACAGCGCGCAAUUUAGAUGGCGUCGCGACAAGGCGCGGGGUUGCUGAUGCGGGCUUUGGGUCAGCAGGCGGGAGCGUGGUGCGCCCGGCCCGCUGGCUCCCUCAUCACGGCGCAGGCCAGCACCAGCGGCGUCACUGGGUCGCUACUUGGACUCCAAUCUCAGCAGCAGCAUGUGGCGCACCAGCCCCAGCCCCACCCGCUGCAGCAGCACCAGCAGCUGCGGCACAUGUCGCGCCUCCCCUCCGCCUUCACCAGCAAUUUCAACCCCUUCGCCUGGUUCGACUACCGCAAGAUGGUCUACCCGGAGGUGUACGACGCCAACGAGGCGCACAUGUGGGCGCGCUACAAGAGCCACGGCGGUCUGGCGGAGCGCUACACGCCGCCUGGCCCCCUCACCAGCGCCAACCCGCUGGCGGACCCGGAGCUGGAGGCGCGGAUCAAGUACUGGAGCAAGAGCCUGUACGCGGGUGUUCUGUGCCGCACCUCCAUCUGGGGCUUCUCCAAGUCGGCGCUGCAGCAGCGGGUGCUGGACGCCUACAAGGCAGUCAAUGCGGCGCUGGCGGCCGGGGACAUGGCGCUGGCGGAGCCGUAUGUGACGGAGCAAACGGGGCUGCGCCUGGCUGGCGAGGUGGCCCGGCGCGGGCGGUCCAGCGUGACGUGGCGGAUGGUGCGGGAGCCCAAGCCCUCCGACAUCAAGUUGGUGCACGGCACGAUAGUCAGCAACCCGCUCAAGCAGGGCAAGCUGCACUUUGCGCAGUGGACGGCGCGCAUCCCCAGCCGCCAGGUGGUGGCGGUGUACGACAACCGCGGCAAGCUGCUGGCGGGCGACCCCGACAAGGAGCUCGAGGUGGUGGACCACUGGGUGUUCGAGCGGCCCAUACUCAAGGCCUGGAUCGCGCCGCGACCCGGGCCCUCCGGCGCCGAGUGGCGGCUGGUGGAGCGCCUGCAGUGAGAGGGUAGAGGGAGAGGAGGAGGAGCAUGCGCUGCAGCAGGGCGGCUGGAGAGGAGGCAGCGGGGCGGCAGGGCAUGCAGGGGCAGCAGGGACCGAUGUACGGGCACGGCACGGCACAGGGCGAGGUGGCCUGCGUCGAGUGUGGACGGUAGCAUGGCAUGGACAUGUUGAGUGGGCGGGUGCUUAGUGGAGUGAAGGCUUGAAGCGCGGAAGGUCGCGCAGUACGGGGUCUUGGCGUGGGGUCUUGGCGAUGCGCGUGUCUGCUACCCGGAAUGUCGGACUGCAUGGGACGCGGCGCGGCGGAUGAGAACGCGCCACCCCCACGAUGCAUGAUAGGCGUUUUGUUGUAAGAAAGUUGUAGU